UCUGCCCAUCAGGAUGACAACUGGGGCGAGACCACCACGGUGGUCACCGGCACGUCGGAGCACAGCGUCUCCAACGAGGACCUGACGCGCGCCUCCAAGGAGCUCGAGGACUCUUCGCCGCUGGAGUGCCGGCGCUUCGCCGGGCCAGCCCUGAGCGGCGCUCUGGGCCUCUUCGCUCUCCUCACCCCCCUCGCCUUCCUCCUCCUCCCGCAGCUGCUGUGGCGCGACCAGCUGGAGCCCUGCGGUGUGCCUUGCGAGGGCCUCUACGUCUCGCUGGCCUUCAAGCUCCUGGUCCUGGCGCUCUCGUCGUGGGCGCUCUUCCUGCGUCCGCCCCGCGCCUCGCUGCCGCGGCUCUUUGUCUUCCGCGGCCUCCUGGCCGCGCUUCUCUUCCUCUUCGUGGCGUCCUACUGGCUCUUCUACGGCGUGCGCGUGCUGGAGCCGCGCGAGCGCGACUACCGGGGCAUCGUGGGCUACGCGGCGUCGCUGGUGGACGCGCUGCUCUUCAUCCAGUACCUGGCGCUGGUGCUGCUGGAGGUCCGGCAGCUGCAGCCGGCUUUCUGCCUCAAGGUCGUCCGCACCACCGACGGAGCCAGUCGCUUCUACAACGUCGGACACCUCAGUAUCCAGCGUGCAGCUGUGUGGGUCCUUGACCAGUACUACAGCGACUUCCCUGUCUACAACCCGGCGUUGCUCAACCUGCCCAAAUCAAUCCUCUCGAAAAAGAUGUCUGGCUUCAAAGUCUACUCACUUGGAGAAGAGAACAGCACCAAUAACUCAACUGGCCAGUCGCGGGCCAUGAUCGCAGCUGCAGCACGGAGGCGGGACAAUUCCCAUAAUGAGUACUACUACGAGGAGGCCGAGAUGGAGCGCCGCGUCCGCAAGCGCAAGGCCAGACUGGUGGUGGCAGUAGAGGAAGCCUUCACCCACAUCAAGCGGCUGCAGGAGGACGAGCCUGCGGCCUCGUCGCCCAAGCACCCGCGCGAGGUGAUGGACCCGCGGGAGGCAGCGCAGGCCAUCUUUGCGCCUAUGGCCCGGGCCAUGCAGAAGUACCUGCGCACCACACGCCAGCAGCCCUACCAUAGCAUGGAGAGCAUCAUCGCCCACCUGCAGUUCUGCAUCACCCACAACAUGACGCCGAAGGCAUUCCUGGAGCGGUACCUCAGCCCUGGGCCCACCCUGCAGUACCAGCGUGAGAACGGCAGAGGGCGUCAGUGGACGCUGGUGAGCGAGGAGCCGGUAACCAGCGCCCUGCGCCAGGGCCAAGUCUUCUCGCUGCGACGCCUCGACUUUGCCUUGGUCGUCACAGUGACGCCGCUCCCUUUCCUCAACCUGGGGGAGGAGUUCAUCGACCCCAAGAGUCACAAGUUUGUGAUGCGGCUGCAGUCCGAAACCUCUGUUUGAGACCGAGAAAGAAAGAGAGUGAGAGAGAGAGAGAAAGAAAAAGGAAGGAGAAGAUUGUCACAAGAUGGAGGGGUGGGCGGAGAGAGAGCUGAUGAGUAAAAAAAGAGUCAGACGGAGGAGUGAAGUUGGCGUGAAGUGACUACAAAGAAAGGAGGAAAUGAGAGUGGAUGUAGAGGGAUAGAACCACUCUUCAGCCCCGAUUUAACAUCACAUCAUGUCUCAUAGAUUUUAUUUCUUCAUUUUUUUUUAUCUUCCAGUGACUUUCUCCCUUUACAGGGGACUGUUUUUUUUUUUUUUUUUUUUAAGUCUCUCCAGCUGAUCUGGAGAAUCUCCAUAAGCUCAUAGUUUGCUCCUUAGUGUCUUCAGAUUUGACCUUUUCCAGGCGACACGAAGACUGAACGGUUUUAGUGCAUUUUCUCUACGCUGACUGACAUCACUGUAAUUCCAACACUAAAACAACAACAACAACACAAAACAACAAUAAAGGAAAUCACAAAGCACAUUAAAUCAACAUUACCCUAUACCCUUUGAAGAAAUCUGCUCCUUCUGACUGGAACCAACUGCUUAUACUGUUUACCAUUUCGCAAUUUCCUUAUUCAGAAACGUAUUUAGUGUGUAAUGACACUUUUUGGAUCAAGCUGGACUUCCACUACACAUCUCUUUGACACUACCUGGAAACUGUGAAUGCUAUUUUGGAAAAAAAAAAUCUGUUAAGGCGCCUACGCUUAAUAUCAUGCUUUAUAAGGUUAAUAACAAUCGCUUUGAGUGACAUCUGCGUGGGGAGUUACCUUGUUUUUGUUUUAUUUUUCUUUACAUUUUUUUUUCAAUCGAAGGAGUUUGAACAAUCAUCAGACACUCAAAAGUGCUCCAUCAUAUCAUCGGUCCGUUGGGACUGUGUCUCACCAGUUUUCACACUGACCAAGAGGGCUGUCAAAGUUGUACCCCCCACCCUGUUCUUUGCUGUGGAGCGAGGCUUGAAUGUCUUGCAGCGUUUUGUCUGUACUACUUACUCUGUAUGUUUUCAACAUUUUCAAAAAAUAGUUCUGCUAACUGAUUGUGCAACCUGUUUUUUUUAAGCAUCAGCUGUUCUAUUCUCACCCUGUAAAUGACUGUGGAUUCUCAGAAGCAUGAUCACUUAAAAUGGUUCCACCCACGAUACUCCCUCGCUCCCCCUCCAACGGGAUGACGCUGCACUGCGGAGGAAACUGUUGUGAAAAUGUGAAGGAGAUAAGGUGGACAUCUUCCAUAAACUGUCAGGAAGCAGAACAACAUGGUAUUAUAUCCUUUCAUGUAUCUCCUACAUGGUAACAAGCAAAAUGAACUACUCCAUGUAGCCUUGUGUGCAUAAGUGUGUGUGAUUAACUGUUGGUUUGGUUGUUAGGGAGGUGUUUUUGGCACUCCUAUGUGGUCACCAUGUCAUUGUGACCAGUGACAUUUAAGUUGUCAUGACUACACAACAUCCACUCAACCACACCACAUACACACUCCUAACACUUUUAUGCAACGCACACUAGCAACCCCAUGUAGCUAGCAUUGGCUGUUGUCUCCAGCUGACAUGGCAGGGAGGUCAGUCUGUGAAACAAAAACAAAAAAGUAGCGGCUCAAGGCCUCUGCUGGUAUUGUUUUUGCUCAUUUGUUUUCGGAAUGCACUGCAAGUAUGCAUUUCUGCCUUAAAGUUCACAGGAACCAAUAACUGUUUUGGCUUCCUCUUUCAUAUGAGCAGAAAGAGAUGUGUGUAUGCACUGUUUGGCAGCUCUGAGACACUGUAGACCCCCCCCCCUUCUCCCUCUCGCUCUUCCUUUUGUAUAUAACCUUUGAAAGAUUUUUUUGUUUGUCUGUUUUUUUAUACUUAUGAGGCUGGAGCUGGAGUUUUUAUACAGUUAUGUAGUGUUUUGAAAACUGAGCAUUGGAAAAGUAAUCUUGUGCAGAAAAUAAAAAACAAACUUGCAAUUUCAUUCUUAGAGCCGGUGCAUGCGCAUAGUUAAUGAAGUUUUGUAUUUUUUGUAUUUGUUUG